GGGGUGGUAAUCUGAUAAACAAAAUUUUAUGGUCAGAGUUCGAAUAUGUAUAAAACAGCGGGGUUUAAUAAAAAAAAAAUUCAGGUGUUUAUAAAAAGCUUUUCGUCUUCUUGAUUUGUGUAAACUUCAAAGGCAAUGUAUAUGGCUUCCAUGGAAGACGGAGAAGAAGAGAUAUCGAGUAGACUCGAAGCCAUUUUUACGUACACGUGUGUUUUCAACACUCGCAACAGCUGGCAAGAAGAAACCAAAACUGGUCUAGACUCCUUUUUCUAAACCCUAAGGUUUCCAUUCGAUUGCUUGUGCUUCAAGUUUGCGUGUUUCUGAUCCAGACAAAGCGUAUUUGGAAGAUUUAAAGAUAGCGCUCGAAGAAACUGAAGACGAACUCAACUACUUUACCACUACUCAUGCGGAAUUGGUUGGAGAAGUUGUGCAACCUCUUGGCAAAGAAAGAUGUAACGUUCUUGAUGUUUGAUUCUUGUUUCAAGAUCAUUCGCUUAUAUAUACAGUUUUGAUCUCAGUUCUUGUGAAAGUAAACGAAGGAGUUCGUCUCAUAGUGAAUCGCUCAAGCUUAGUGAAUCAGUCGAAGCUUGUUUCUGGAACCAGAGUUACUCUUGAGAGAAGAACGUUUACUAUAAUGAGAAUCCAUUGGUUCAUAAGAUGGUGUGUCAACACCAUGGUGGUGAUGUUAGUUACUCAGAUCUUGGUGGGUUAACUCAUCAGCUCAGAGAUGUAAGAGACUGGAUUGAACGUCCUCUCAUAGAUCCUGACAUUUUUGAACGAGUUGGUGUAAAGCCUCCCAAGGUUGGUUUUGGAUCCCUUCUUGUUUUGUUUUAUCCUGCAAGAUGAUUCAUUAUGUUGACCUAACGUAACAGGGAGUGCUUCUCUAUGGACCUCCUGGUACUGGAAAGACAUUGUUAGCCAAAGCAAUCUCUAGCAAUAUCAAUUCAACUUUCUUGAUUAAGAGUUUGUAUAACUAGCCGUUUCUAGGUUAUGCUAAGUUUUAGAAGUAUAUGUUGUUUCCUAGGUUGUUUCUAGCUCGCUUGUUAGCAAAUACGUGGGAGAGAGUCCAUUGAUGGUGAGAGAGAUGUUUAAAUAUGCCCCUGAACAUCAAGUAAGUUCUCUUUCUUUCCCACUUCUUCUUGUUGUGACUUGUACUGAAACGUUGAAACGUUCUUCUGGUUAUGUAGCCUUGCAUCAUCUUUUUGGAUGAGAUUGAUGCUAUUGAUAGACGUAGAUCCUGCUACGGAGAAGGAGAAACUAAAGAGUGUGACAGAGUCCUCAUCGAGCUUCUCUCUGAACUUGAUGGAUUCAACGAACUUGAUAAGGUAUCUUCUUCUUUCAUCUUGUAAGUUUUGAUGAACAUGUGUCUAAACGAGUUCAUGACUUUUUUCUUGAGGUGAAGGUUAUAAUGGCAACGAACAGACCUGAUGUUCUUGACCCUGCGCUUCUUCGACCUGGUAGAAUCGAUAAGAAGAUAGAGUUCUCAUUGCCUAACGAAGAUUCCAGAAUUAGAAUCCUUAAGAUUCAUGCUUCUGGUAUUACUAAACAAGGAGAUAUCGACUACGAAAAGGUCGUGAAACUAUCUGAGGUUCGUCACACACUCUCAUGACUUGUCUUUGUUAUACGCAAAACAGAACAAAAGCUUUGCAUUUUAAAACUUGUCUUUACAGGGAUUCAAUGGAGCAGAUAUGCGUAACGUAUGUACUGAAGCAGGGAUGUUAGCUUUACGUGCAGGGCACGAUUACGUUGUCCCCAGCGACUUCAUCAAGGUAAGUAAAGUUUCUGCUUAUUAUAUAACGUUGCUGCACUGUUUUCUUCUUAUAAACAUAACUUUAAACUUGCUUUCAGGCUGUAACGAAACUAGGCGAAGCGAAGAAGCUUGAGUCUAGUGCACAAUACAAUGCUGAUUUCUGAGAGAGUAGAGAUCAGAAACGUAAAGUAGAAGGGACACAACUCACUUAUGGAUCGAGUUAGAUGGGGUGGAACCUCUGUUGUAUUUUUCCUUUGCAUGGAUGGAAUCUCCAAACUCCAAGCUCUUCUCUGUACAUGUCUUUUAUCAUUUAUAAACCAGUUUGAUACCUACCAAUAGCAUUAAAGCAUAUAUGAAAGAGAAGCUGAAACAGUCUUUGAGGUUUGUUUAUUGUCUGAAAUUAUGAUAAAAAAAAAGACUAAAUUAACUCUCUAAAUCAUUUAUAAAUGUUUAAAAACUAUUAUAGAAGUUUAUAAUCUAAUUCCACCCCUAAAUACUAAAAUUUAAACAAUAAUCAUUAUAUACUAAAACCAAAUGUUAUGAUAUUUUUGAUCAAAAGUAUUCUUGAAAAGUUUUUGAUAGAGAAAUUCUCUAAGAUAACAUUUUUUAAGUUUUUGUCACAAAAAUAGCACUCGAAGAAAAUGAUCAAAAUAAGUUUUAUUAAAAGGUACAAAUACAUUUUUACCUAAGGGUUAACUAAUCUAGACUUAGAGUUUAGAAUUAAGGGGUGGAGUUUUGGGAUAGAAUUUCAAAUUUAAAAAUAUAAAAAAAAUAUAUAAAAAGUUUCAAAAUAAAAAGAGACAAUUUUGGUCAUUUUCUUUCUUGAGGAUUAUUUUUGUGACAAAAACUUAAAAGGGGCUAUUUGAGAGAAUUGUCCAAAGUGAUAUCCAAUUUGUGGUAUUUCAAAAACAAUUUCUUUUUUUAGAGAUUUUCUUAUAAUAGUGAGAGAUCACAACGCAUGUGUUAUUUUUAAAUGGUCUUAUUUAUUUUAAAUUAAAAUUUAUUUACCAGAUAAAUUAUACUAAUAUUAAAUAGAUACUCAUACGAGAAAUUUUACCACUAAUGAUGUUUUUAGAAUAUUCGCAUCUGUUUCUGUGGGGGUUGAACUGAUAAAACCAAAAACUUUAUGCGCAGAAGUUGAAUAUGUGUAAAAUAGCGGGAUUCAAUAAAAGAAAAGUUUCAGGUAGUUUCAGUUAUAAAAAUCAUAUUUGAUACGUUGGAAACUUGGAAUGAUAGCAUAAGUGUGCUUGCAGAGCAAUAGUAAAGUUUUCUUCUUGUUGAUUUGUGUAACUUCAAAGGCUUCCAUGGAAGACGUAGAUGAAGAGAUAGUGAGGAGAAUCAAUGACGAGAAAGUGAAGAGAGGCAUAGCCAUUAUGAGAUGCCAGUCUAAACUCCACAUUCGCAACAUCAACCAAGAAAGAACCAAAACUGGUAAAUACUUCUUUCUAAACCCUAAGGUUUCCAUUCGAUUGCUUGUGCUUCAAGUUUGCGUGUUUCUGAUCAGUAAAAGAGAAUCUGGAAGCUUUAAAGAUAAGACUCGAAGAAACUGAAGACGAACUCAAGUACUUUACCACUACUAAUGCGGAAUUGGUUGGAGAAGUUAUGCAACCUCUAGGCAAAGAAAGAUGUAACGUUCUUGAUUUUCUUGAUUUUUGGUUUGUUUCAGAUCAUUGGCUUAUAUAUACAAUUUUGAUCUCAGUUCUUGUGAAAGUAAACGAAGGAGUUCGUUACAUAGUGAAUCGCUCAAGCUUAGCAGCUCACUCAAAGCUAGUUUCUGGAACCAGAGUUAGUCUUCAGAGAAGAACGUUUACUAUAAUGAGAAUCCUCCCUCCUAAGGUUAAUCCAUUCGUUCAGAAGAUGGUGUAUCAACAUGAUGGUGGUGAUGUUAGUUACUCAGAUCUUGGUGGGUUAACUCAUCAACUCAAAGAUGUAAGAGACUGGAUUGAACGUCCUCUCAUAGAUCCUGACAUUUUUGAACGAGUUGGUGUAAAGCCUCCCAAGGGAGUGCUUCUCUAUGGACCUCCUGGUACUGGAAAGACAUUGUUAGCCAAAGCAAUCUCUAGCAAUAUCAAUUCAACUUUCUUGAUGGUUGUUUCUAGCUCGCUUGUUAGCAAAUACGUGGGAGAGAGUUCAUUGUUGGUGAGAGAGAUGUUUAAGUAUGCUCGUGAACAUCAACCAUGCAUCAUCUUUAUGGAUGAGAUUGAUGCUAUUGGUAGACGUAGAUCCAGCUACGGAGAAGGAGAUACUAGUGAGUGUGACAGAGUUCUUAUCGAGCUUCUCUCUCAACUUGAUGGAUUCAACGAACUUGAUAAGGUGACAGUUAUAAUGGCAACAAACAGACCUGAUGUUCUUGACCCUGCCCUUCUUCGACCUGGUAGAAUCGAUAAGAAGAUAGAGUUCUCAUUGCCUAACGAAGAUUCCAGAAUGAGAAUCAUUAAGAUUCAUGCUUCUGGAAUUACUAAACAAGGAGAUAUCGACUACGAAAAAGUCGUGAAGCUAUCUGAGGGAUUCAGUGGAGCAGAUAUGCGUAACAUAUGUACCGAAGCAGGGAUGUUAGCUUUACGUGCAGGGCACGAUUACGUUGUCCCCAACGACUUCAUUAAGGCUGUAACGAAACUAGGCGAAGCGAAGAAACUUGAGUCCAGUGCACAUUACAGUGCUGGUUUCUGAGAGAGUAGAGAUCAGAAACGUAAAGUAGAAGGGACACAACUCACUUAUGGAUCGAGUUAGAUGGCUUGGAACCUCUGUUGUGUUUUUUAUUGCAUGGAUUCAUCUGAGGAAUCACCAAACUCGAGCAUUUAUGAACCAGUUUUGAUACCUUUAGAUUUAGUUACCAAAUAGCAUUAAAGCAUAUAUAUAAAAGAGAAGCUGAAACAGUCUUUGAGGUUUCUUUAUUGUCUAUUUUUAAUUUUAACCGGGUUUAAUUAAGCCACUAUGUAAAAGAACCAAAACUGUAAAAUUUGACUAAAUUGAAUCUUCUAAUUCUAUUUUUUGUAAUCCUACUAAGAAAAUACCCUAACCUGAUCUCUAUGAUGCAUCUCUAUUAGGUCAUAUAUAUACAUGAGGAAGAAUACAAUAUCAACAAUUAUUUUUCCCCUCUGAUUAUGUCACCAUCAACAACACUUUUCUCUUCUUAAUUCCUUUCAUCCUCGUUUACAGCUUAACUCUCCUUUUGCUAUUGUUUUUAUGUAACCAGUUAGAUACUGCAAUAUUCAAAAAAUUGGUAUAGCGCCUAUGUGUCCGUGUAAACCGGUGGUAAUCGAAAUGAUAUUCUCUCAAAAUUUGAUUUAAAUUGCUUAAUUUGGUUUCGGUUUAAAUAGAUUUAAAUUAUUUUAAAUCAGUCUAAAUUCAUCUAAAUUAGUAUAAAUCGAUUAAAUAAAAAAACAUCAAAGUGGAUUAAUGAAUAAUUUAAUUAUAUAACCUUCAUC